UUAAGACAGCUCGAAAUGACUAAUAACGCCAAAUCCAAACGUACGACGAUCGGCGGGGACAACGUAGAUUCAAUAAAUGCACUUCUGCGCGUGCCACCGUUCUGGCCUGAUGAUGUUGACUUGUGGUUCACGAUGCUGGAAAUGCAGUUCGAAGCUACCCGGAUCAGGGGCGAUCAGGAAAAAUACCAGGCCGUUAUCGCGCAUCUCGACAAGUCGCACGCGAGAUUAAUCCGAGACGUAUUCGACGCCUCACCGUCGAUCGGGCGUUACGAGUACGUCAAAAAGGAGCUCAUCAAGAGAUUGGGAGAGUUGGACGCCAAGAGACUCCGACAGGUAAUCAAAAAGGAACAAAUAGGGGACAGGAAGCCCUCUCAGUUUUACCGGGACCUAAGAAGCCUAGCCACCAACUCGUUAGCAGACGAUGUCAUCCUCACCGUCUGGGAAGGUCGACUUCCGUCGCGCGUACAGAGCAUCCUAGCCUCUGUACAGAGCAAAGACCCGGAAACCCGCAUCCAAAUCGCCGAUAGCAUCUACGAAGCCACCCCGGAACCAGGACAGAUCGUCGCGGCCAGCGCAGUCCGACUACCUACGAUAACCCACCCACCUGGUCAGAACAGCGGAAUAGGCGACGCUAUGGCAGCUGCCCUCAACACGAUCAACGAGCGGUUAGCGCGAAUGGAUGCCCAAAUAAGCGAGGUUCGAGCGCAAGUAGCCGAGCUAAGAAUCAAUGAACACCGUCGGACACGAUCACAAUCACGCUCGCGUACACAAUUCCGCCGCCGUUCGCGCCCUCGCGAUCCGCCGCGGCAAGACGGACUGUGUUACUACCACGCACAGUACCGAGAACGCGCGAGAAAGUGUACAUUCCCUUGCUCUUGGAAUUCGGGAAACGGGACCAGCCGUCCGUAAAAGCGGCAAACGACACGGUUCAUC